AUGAAAAUGCGUUACUCUGAAAUAUUAUUUUUUUCACUUUCAUUAAAUAUAUUGAUAACAUCAUCAUAUGCGCAUAAUAAAAAUAAAAUAUACAUCAAAUCACAUACACCAACUAAUACAUCACGAGUGUUAAGCGAAUGUGACAUGCAAACGUCAAAUUAUGAUAAUGAUCCGGAUAUGAAAUCUGUGAAGGAAAAUUUUGAGCGACAAACAUCACAACGUUUUGAAGAAUACGAAGAACGUAUGCAAGAAAAACGACGAAAAUGUAAAGAACAAUGCGAUAAAGAUAUACAACAAAUUAUUGUGAAAGAUAAAAUCAAAAAAUCAUUAGAUGAAAAAGUGGAAAAAGUUUGUCUUAAGUGUGGGUGUGGGUUAGGAGGCGUUGGAGCAAGUAUUGGAAUAUUUGGUGCAAUUGCUGUAAGUGAGGUGACAAAAGCUGCAACAGCAGCUGCUGUUCAAAAUAGUAUUGAGACAGGUAUAGCUACUGUUGUUUCAGAAUUACAUGAUAUGACUCAGAGUUUUCUUAAGGUUGGUAUUGAUAUAGUAGGAAUGAUAAAUAAAGAAACAUACCGUUGCCCGCAAGCUCUGACUACAUCUAUUUAUGCAGCAAAACAAGAAGUGUGUGUAGGAAAAAUUGGUGAAACAGAAUUAGUUUGCAAUCAAUUAGGACAAGGCGGCACCCCAAUUUGGUUUGGUCCAAAAGUAUUACAGGCUACAACUGAAGGUAUUAAGAUCGCUAAAACUACUGAAGAUUCUAAAAUAGCCUUGAUAAAUGCUGAAAGUUCACAUUUGUACAGUGCAAUUGGUUACUCAGUCCUUGCAAUAUUUAUUAUAGUUUUGGUUAUGGUAAUCAUAUAUUUAUUUUUACGUUAUCGUAGAAAAAAAAAGAUGAAUAAAAAACUACAAUACACAAAAUUAUUAAAUAAAUAA